UAGUUGAGAUGUUUCGUCGUUAAGAGCACGAAACAUCCUCAAAUUGGAAACCCAUUGCGUAAAGGAUUCUCUCCAUUUUCUCCAGUUUGUGAGUCGCCAUGAAACUGAGGAUUAGAUCUCUGGAAUCUAAGGAAACUACCCGAGUAGAAAUCGCCAAUUCGAGUUCUUUACUGGAACUGAAACAAUCAGUUUCUCGCGCCGUCUCCGCUUCUGCGGCAUCGGCGCUCCAUCUUUCUCUCAACAGGAAGGACGAGCUCCUCCCUUCGUCUUCUCAAGACACGCUGCAGUCCCUUGGCAUCACCUCCGGUGACCUUAUUUAUUAUUCUCUCGAUCCGACCGCUUUUUCUUCCCAAACCCUAGGCGCUGGUUCGAGUUCCAGCUCAUCCGCGCAACAAGAAGGUACUAUCAAUCCUGUCAAUUCUGAAGGAAUAAGCUCCAUAGAAUCUGAGAAUUUGCAAGAACCUAAAAUUUUUGGUCAAACUAUGCCCGAACAAAGGACGGUUAGUCCAGAAUCCGGGGUUUCUCGGGAAAUUCUUGCUGCGGGUGUGACUGUCCAAAAUCAAGAAAACCCUAAUGAAGAGAUAGGUGGAAUGGAGGUAAUAUCUGAUACAGAUGGAAUGGAUGUUGUAUCUGAUAUGGAGGGAAUGGAUGUUGACGAUGGGUUAGUGAAUUUGGCUGGUAAGAGGUUAUCAGAACCAUACUAUUUGAGGAGGGUGUUGAGGGAGGAGUUAGGAGAUGAUGAUAGUCAUCGAAAGCUGUUGGUGGUUGCAGUACAUGCGGUUUUCAUGGAGGCUGGUUUUGUUGGCUUUGAUCCAGUAUCUGGGAUGCGGGUUGAUGGGUUUAGUCUUUCAGAAGGGUGGCCUUCUAAUACUUAUUCUAUGUCUCUUUGGUAUACUUUGCCUGAACUUUUGCCUAAUGAGUCCAAUAGUAUGCCUGAAUCUGUCGAAUUAAAGUUCCAGAGCAUGGGACAUUUUAUGAAUGUUCAUGGGUCUUUGUCUAAAGGCAGUGGAUCAAGGUUGUGUCGCGUGUGUUUGAAUGAAGCAAGAUUUGCACCAAUUCUAGGUUUGGUCCGUGCACAUCUGGGUAAGGACAUGAAUGAUCAAUAUCCUGAAAAAGAAGUAUUUGAAUUUUGGAAGAUUGUGAAAGAUGGGCUUGCAUUGCCAUUGUUGAUCUGUCUCUGUGAUCAGAGUGGUUUGGUUCUUCCAGCAUGCUUGAUGCGCCUACCAACUGAGCUAAAGCUCAGGAUUUUGGAACUCCUUCCUGGAGUUGACAUUGCGAGAACAGGCUGUGUUUGCCCUGAGAUGCAUUAUCUGUCAUCAAACAAUGAUUUAUGGAAGCAGAAGUUUGAGGAAGAGUUUGGAAAGGAGGAGGCAGGGGUGGUAAUAGGCCCGUGGAAAAAGAAGUUUGCUUCCGCUUGGGUGGAUAAAAAGAAGCAGCAAAGGAGGAAACAAAUCCUCCGUCCUCACAUAGACAGGCCCUUUAUUCACCAAAUAAUUCGGAGGCGCCCUGAUCCGUUUGCAAAUUUUCCUCCAGUGAUAGGGGAUGUCAAUUUUCCUUCAGGCAUGGGGGAUUUCUAUUUUCCUCCAGGGAUAGGGGAUUACCGGGUUGGCCUACCUCAUGGUAUCCACCCUUCUCCUUUUGAGCCCCCUCGUCGAGUCUUUCCAAGAACCCAAGGAAGGCGGAAUUUCUCACCUGAUUGUAAUCUGGGUGGUGAUCCUUUUAACUAGCUUUGAGUGCUGAAGGCAGACUAUUUGGGAGGCAUCUUGAAAUGGUUCACACAUAGUGUGCAUAUAAUAGUUAUGGCCGAAUGGAUGUUGUUUGGGUCCGACUUUAAUGCAAGGCAAUAAGAUCCAUACUGUUGUUUUCUUUCCCCCUAAACACAGUUUAUAAAUAGUUGUUAUGAUGCUUAUGUUGCCUUAAGCAUAAGUUCCAGCUGCUCUUAUUGGUGUGUCUGUUUCAUUUCGAGAUGAUUUAAAUUUGAGUUUAUUAGAUAUUGGAGUUUGCUGUACAGAAUUCUAUUUUACUGGUUUUGAACAGCA